GGGUUAUGGCCGUCAGAAAUAUAAAUUUUAUUAAUGUAAUUUUCUUGAUCAUAUUUUAUGAAUCAUUUUCUUUAUCAUUCGGUUUGUUAUGUUACAAUGGAACCUUGUCUAACAAACAAUUUGGUGAAGACCCUUUAUCGCGUAAAAAAUUUAUAGGAGAUCGGAAAUUUGAAGCAAGAAUUCGCUGCGCUUUGACCGUCCGAUGUCCAGAGAAUGCAUUGUGUUUCAUUCGUUCGUGGAGAGCACGAGCAAAACAUGCAUGGAUCGUGCAAAGAGGCUGCUACGAGCUUACUACACAAGAUACUCCGCCCGUAAGUCUAUCUGCAGCAAGAACGAUGUCGUGCAAACGACAAAGACUUCCUGACGCGGAGUACAAAUUAUGUUUCUGCCAAGGAGAUCAAUGUAAUCGUAGUUAUAGACUUCGUUAUGAAGGCGUACAGCUUUUUGUGGUGUUAAUGCUUUAUUUAUUUUUAAACUUUGAUGUGUAAACUGUAAUUAAAAUGGGCAAUGGUUGUAUUUGUUCUUGUCGCGUCAAUUGUUCGACUCGUUUGGACGCUGUGUUUAGCAAUAAACAUUGACUUUAUCGGCUUAUAAGCAGCUUUCACUUUAUCCGAGCUGCCUGUCUAUUUCUUCGAAAAGGACGGUAAGAAAAGUGUGUGUUAGUGGGGCGCGUCCGUUGACUCGCACACAUACUUUUUGUAGACACGCAUCAAUGUAACUAAACCUACAUAAUUAGAAAAAUACUCAAUUUU